AUGGCAUUUAUAUGGAAUGCAAAAAAUAAUUUUAUUCUUUUACAUUUCAUUACUCAUCAUCAACAACAAUCAUCAACAUCAGAUAUUAAUUGGUUAUCAAUUGUAAAUGAUAUUAGUUUAGAAAUUUCUUCAACUCCAACUUUAUUAAAAAGUCAAUAUGAAUAUUUAUUAGGCAGUUUUUAUCCAAAACAAGAUUCAAAAUCUCUUCAUUCAACAUUAAAACAUGUUUAUUUACAUUCAUUAUGUCAAAAAAUUGAAGAUGAUCUACACUUUACACUUGAGGCUGUCUAUGAAUUAAUAAGACAUGCACGUUCAAAACGAAUUAAUCUUCAUGAUAUUGAACAAUUGCUUAAAGAAUGGAAUUUUGAUUCUUCAUCUGAUGAUCAGAAAAAAAAUAAAGAUCGUCUUUUCAAUAUAUUAAAUCGUCUUUGUCGUUAUAUUCAUACUCUUUCAAACAAUAAUAAUCAAACAAUUCAUCAUAAUAUAUCAACAUGUUCAAAUACGAAUGAACAAUUGAUUGUUCAAAAAGAAAUACAAGAUAAAGAUUUAGAACCAGUAUCAGAUAAUGAUGAUGAUGAUGAUAUUUCAAUGGCAUAUGUUUUUAAAAAAAAACAAAAUCAAUUGAUAAAUAUCAAUAAUGAUCGAAUUGUAAUAAAUACAAUUGAACGAGAAAAAUCUUCUACAACUCGUCGUCGUAGCCAAUCGUUAACAUUAUUUGAUGGAAAUAAAGAUAAUAAAAUAAAUAUUGGAGUAGAAUGGUUUGUACCAAAAUUAAAACGUCAACAGAGAUCUUCAUCUUUACAUACUCGUUGUCAAUCACCAUUAUCGAUCGAUUCUUUAUUAAAAGAAAAUCAAAAUUUUAAAUACAAUGAUGAAUCUUCAAAUUCGAUGAGUAAUUUAAAUGUUCGACAAACACAUACACAACCAAGUAUUUCUUGGUUGCCACUUACAAAUGAACAAAUUGCAGAAAAAGAACAUCGACAAAAAGAAUCAAGAUUAUUAGUUGAAUAUGGACAAUGUGAUCAGAUAUCUUCAGAUUCCGGAUCAACAGAAGUUCAAGUAUCAUAUCAACAAGAACAUAAUUCUUGUAAACGACAACGUCGUUCUUAA